CUGAAAGAUGACCAAAAAAAGAAAACGCCAAGAUGAUUUUCAAAAAGUAAAACUAAAAGUUGGUAAAAAGAAGCCAAAGUUAGAAAAUGCUACUGUUACAAACUUUAAAACCAAGACUAUACAUCUGCCUGAGCAACUCAAAGAAGAUGGAACUCUUCCAACAAACAAUAGAAAACUUAACAUUAAGGAUUUGCUGUCACAGAUGCAUCACUACAAUGCUGGGGUUAAACAAAGUGCUCUUCUUGGACUUAAAGACCUUUUGUCUCAGUACCCAUUUAUAAUUGAUGCACACCUUUCAAACAUAUUAAGUGAAGUGACUGCUGUGUUUACAGAUAAAGAUGCUAAUGUACGAUUAGCAGCAGUUCAACUUCUUCAAUUCCUGGCCCCCAAAAUACGAGCUGAACAAAUUUCUCCAUUUUUUCCUUUGGUAAGUGCCCAUCUCUCUAGUGCCAUGACUCACAUUACUGAAGGAAUUCAGGAGGACUCUUUAAAAGUUUUGGACAUUCUGCUGGAACAGUACCCAGCCUUAAUUACUGACCGUAGCAGUAUAUUGCUUAAGAAUUUUGUAGAACUUAUUUCUCAUCAGCAGCCGUCUAAAGGACUGAUAAAUAGAGACAGAUCCCAGUCCUGGAUACUUUCUGUAAAUCCUAAUCGGAGACUCACUUCUCAGCAGUGGAGGCUGAAAGUCUUAGUGAGACUCAGUAAAUUCCUUCAGGCCUUGGCAGAUGGAUCCAGUAGGUUGAGAGAAAGUGAAGGACUUCAGGAACAAAAAGAAAAUCCCCAUGCCACUAGCAACUCCAUUUUUAUCAACUGGAAGGAACAUGCCAACGACCAGCAGCACAUCCAGGUUUAUGAAAAUGGGGGUUCACAGCCAAAUGUCAGUUCACAGUUCAGGCUACGGUACCUGGUUGGAGGACUGGGCAGUGUGGAUGAAGGCCUCUCAUCUACUGAAAACUUGAAAGGAUUUAUUGAGAUAAUAAUUCCAUUGCUAAUUGAAUGCUGGAUUGAAGCUGUGCCUCCCCAACUAGCUGCUUCUAUUGGAAAUGGUAUAGAACGAGAACCUCUGCAGGUUAUGCAGCAAGUUCUUAAUAUUAUUUCCCUUCUGUGGAAACUCUCUAAACAACAUGAUGAAACUCAUAAAUUGGAGUCGUGGCUUCGAAAGAAUUAUCUUAUUGAUUUCAAGCACCAUUUUAUGAGUCAUUUUCCAUAUGCCUUAAAAGAAAUAACCAAACACAAAAGGAAAGAGACAAAUAAAAGCAUCAAGCAUUGCACGAUUCUGUCCAAUAAUGUAGAUCAUCUGUUACUGAAUUUAACGCUGUCUGAUAUCAUGGUCUCCCUGGCAAAUGCCUCGACUUUGCAGAAGGAUUCCAAUUGGAUAGAAAUGAUAAGGAAAUUUGUGACAGAGACCCUUGAAGAUGGCUUUAGGCUAAAUAGUAAGCAGCUGAACAGAUUGCUUGGGGUAUCAUGGAGGUUAAUGCAGAUACAACCUAACAGAGAGGCUACAGAGUCUCUCAUCAAGGCAGUUUAUACAUUGUAUCAGCAGAGAGGCCUUCUCCUUCCUGUUCGGACUUUGUUACUGAAGUUUUUCAGUAAAAUCUAUCAAAAUGAAGAACUGAGAUCUUACAGAGUCAGAUAUCGUAGUAAGGUGUUAUCCCGUUGGCUGGCUGGUUUACCAUUGCAACUUGCUCAUCUUGGUUCCCGAAAUCCUGAGCUCUCAACACAGCUUAUUGAUAUUAUCCAUACUGCGGCAGCACGAGCAAAUAAAGAAUUACUAAAAAGUUUACAAGCUUCUGCUCUGCGAAUCUAUGAUCCACAAGAAGGCACUGUGGUGGUUCUCCCAGCAGAGUCUCAGCAGCGUUUGGUCCAGCUUGUAUAUUUUCUACCCAGUCUGCCUGCUGAUUUACUUUCUCGGUUAAGCCGUUGCUGUAUUAUGGGAAGACUCAGUUCAAGUUUGGCUGCCAUGCUUAUCGGGAUACUGCACAUGAGAUCAUCGUUUUCUGGAUGGAAGUAUUCAGUUAAAGACUGGUUGAUGAGUGAUGUGGACUAUUUCAGCUUCUUAUUUUCAACACUUACAGGGUUUUCAAAAGAAGAGUUGACUUGGCUUCAGAGCCUUCGAGGAGUUCCUCAUGUCAUCCAGACACAACUUUCCCCUGUAUUUCUUUACCUUACCGACUUGGAUCAAUUUUUACAUCAUUGGGAUGUAACAGAGUUUCCCUCCCUGCAUGAAAAAUGCUUACCCAGUAAGAAUGCACUUACGUCGUCUCAAGUAAUUUUGGUUUCGAACCUUUUCUUCAAAUUCUGAUGUUAUGUUCUCUGCUGGCUAAUUUUCUUUUAAUGAUUCAGAAGGCCUCUGGUGAGGACACUGACUAUAAUCUUUUUUUAUAGUUUGUAAUUGCUAGUCCAAAAGGUUUUUUGUUUUGUUUUGUUUUUUUAAACCUCUUUGUCAUUGUUCUCAAUAAGGUAGUCUCCAGAUUCAAGUUACAACCUACUUCUGUUUUGUUGAUACAUCAGUUGAGUUUAUUCAACUGAUCUGUUAUUUACUUCCUUCAUUCUAUUCUGAAUAUCCUUAGUAUUUUUCCUAUCUGUUAGGACUGUACCUUUUAUAGAUAUUUAAUACACUUACCACCUGGCUUUUUUUGACUCUCAUCACAAUACUUAAGUAUGCCAGUUAUAUCUAUCUUCUCUUUAUUGCCAUAAUGCUGGUACUAAUUUUAUAUGUAAGUUCUUCAAAAAUGCUUGAUUUUGACAAGUGAAAAGAAAUAAUGAAUUGGUUUAGCAUUUGAAAUUUUAUCUACUCUAUAGUAAAUGAAGAGAGCUAAAACAGGUCUCCUGAGGUGAAGACCUUGAAUACGGGAUUGGUGGGGUUGGGCUUGCCAACAAUAGUAAGAGUUUUUUCUUCUUAAUUUUUAAAAAAAUUAUUGUAUUUUUAAAAGAUUUUAUUUUUAUUUGAGAGAGAGAGAGAGCACGCAUGCAGGGGGAGGGACAGAGGGAGAGGGAGAAGCAGGCUCCCCGCUGAGCAGGGAGCCUGAUGUGGGGCUCGGUCCCAGGACCCUGGGAUCAUGACCUGUGCUGGAGGCAGGUGCUUAACUGACUGAGCCACCCAGGGGCCCCAGUAAGAGUAGUUUUAAAGGACAGAUUGUAUCUAAUGUAUUUAAACCAUGAUGAUAUAUUUGAGAAAGCACUCUAUGGGGAUUAGUGGACUCCCUGUUCUAGGCAUAGAUUUGCCAUUGUCUAGUUUUGUAACAUGGACAAGUCAUAUAACCUUUAUCUGAUAAUUUAAAUUUUUCAUAAGCACAUCAUCUAUGUAAAGCCAAGAUAAAAUUGUCAUAAAAAUAUUAUCAGCUGUAUUUCUGAAGGAACACUUGGCGAGGACGUGUAUUAAACUUCCAGGUUCCAGGUUGCUGUCUUUGAAAUGUUAAGACAUAAUUAGGAAAAAUCUGAAAGACACGUUUUUGUUUUUGAAGUUCUUAAGCGGAGAUUUCAGUUUUCUUUUGGAUAAAUUUUGUUAUUUAAGUUGGCCUUUUCAUGUAAAAAUAUUUGAAAAUACACAUAGUUUUUGACAUCCUUAGUGUAAAAUUUUAUUUUUAAUUAUUUCCUUUGACCAAGUUAUUAGGACAGUGGGAUUGCUCAGUUUUGUGAUUUUACCUGCCUAGGCCAAAGUGAUUUUUUCUUUUUAAUCAGACUUUUUUUAGUAGGUAUUAUUCACAAAAUACAAUUCAGAAUGGAAGAUAAUAAAUUCUUCUUCCAUUCCCUCUCAGCCACCCAUUUUUACUUCCCAGUUUCUAAAUACAUUCUUUUAGAUAUCUUCUGUCUUCACAAAGUGACUAAAUAUAUUAUUUUGGUUUUCUUUUAUAGAAAUGACAUAGUUUGUCCACUAAUCUGGACCUUGACAUUUUCAUUUAGUAUCUUUGUGAAUAUUCCUUCUGAGCACUGAAGGAAGAAUUGUGUGAUCUUCCUGUUAAUGAUGGAAACUGUAGUUAACAGGGAAAGAUCACAAAGGAAACAGGAAUCUCUGUACAGAGAUACCUUUUACAAAUGGAGACUUCUAUUCCAGAGGCAAUGAAAGGUUUUAAGGUUAAUAUUAAUUGUCAUUUACCAAAUAUUGGAUGGUUGUAAAAGAAUGUUUUUUAGCAUGGAUAAGCUCUGAAUAAUAAGACAUAAAUCCAGUUUAAGAAAUAGAACAGUUUUGGGGCGCCUGGGUGGUGCAGUCGUUAAGUGUCUGCUUUGGCUCAGUGUGUGAUCCUGGCCUUCUGGGAUCGAGCCCCACAUCAGGCUGCUCC